GCAACCGUAUAUCUGUCUGCCUCUAUCUUUAUUUUCUUUUUAUACCCUUUUAUCAAAUUCUCUCUCUCUUUCUCUCUGUCUCUCCCUGUCUCUCUCUCUGUCGCAAGAAUCUGCAGUGGCUAGGAGUUGUAACGCAAUCGCACCAUAGAAGCAACAGAAGUGAACAGAGAAUAGAACUUCCAGUGUGUGAUGGGCAAAGAGCUAAGCUAGAGAAAUGACAUGGUGCAAUAAUAACUCAGUUGAUGAAAGAGCUAUUCAUUUAAUCACAGCCAGCCCAAAAGAAACUACUGUUAUAGAUCCCAAAAUCGAUGAAUUUCGAACCCUAACUUGCCCUUCUUGUGGCCAUAAUAUUGAGUUACAAGAUCAGGCAGCUGGUGGCAUAAUUCAUGAUUUACCUGGACUACCAGCAGGAGUAAAGUUUGAUCCGACAGAUCAAGAAAUACUUGAGCAUUUAGAGGCCAUGGUAUUGUCUGAUAUGCGUAAGCUUCACCCUCUAAUUGAUGAAUUCAUCCCAACAAUAGAGGGAGAGAAUGGAAUUUGCUAUACUCAUCCAGAGAAGCUACCAGGAGUAAGCAAUGACGGCCAAGUUCGGCACUUUUUUCAUCGGCCAUCAAAGGCAUACACAACUGGAACUAGAAAACGCAGAAAAGUGCAUACUGAUGAAGAUGGGAGCGAGACUAGAUGGCACAAAACAGGCAAGACAAGGCCAGUUUUCAUUGGUGGGAUAGUGAAAGGAUACAAAAAGAUUUUGGUGCUUUAUACAAACUACGGAAGGCAAAGGAAACCUGAAAAAACAAACUGGGUUAUGCACCAAUACCAUCUUGGCAACAACGAAGAAGAGAAAGAUGGAGAGCUAGUGGUUUCAAAGGUUUUCUACCAAACUCAGCCUAGACAAUGUGGUUCCAGCAUUAAAGAUUCACUAGACCAAAACUUGAAAAAUCGAAUUGGCCAUGAUAACACUACUAUAUCUAAGAACCCAGCUCUUGUUGAUUACUAUAAUCCAGCUUUCAUGUCUUAUGAUCAUGGGAGCCAUAAUAGAGAAAGCCCACCUCAGUUAAUCCCAAAUAUGGUUAUUCAAGGUGAUGGGUCUUCCUUUAUUCGAUUUGCUGCAGAUACAAGCAAAGGGAAGCUUCAGAGAAGAUAGAGAUUCCGAUAGAGAGCAGCAAUGACAAGGACUGUUUUGGUGGUUGUUGCUGUUGUGGUGUAGCAGUCAUAUAUAUAUAUACAUAUAAUUUAUUAGUGAGAUUUUAGUUGGUGAGGAAAAUAGGGUGAAGGUACAAGUUUCUUUGGCCAUGAGACUGUAUUCUGUUGUUCUUAAGCAUGGAAAACAAGGUGAUGAUGCUGUUACAAUGUGAGUUGCAAUUGUAGUAGAAAGUGUAAAAAGAUAUAACUUCUAUUAUCUUAGGUAGAUUGAUAUAUAUAUAAGGUUUAGAUCAACCAUUAUUUUCAUCCUCAAA